AGAGGUAACAAAGAGAGAGAGUGGAGGACAUAACCACAACCAACUGGAUCAAAUUCGUUUUGGUAAUAUUGGCCAUGUUGAUUCAGUAUCCUUACAAAAUCUAGUUUCAAUUUUAUCGACGUCAAAAAUAAACAAAGUCAACUGUUUUAUGGAGUUUGAUUUCAACUUUUAACGAAAACUAUUAAUCAAUAUCUUAAAUACAUUAUCUGCGAAAAAAUAGUAAAUAAUAAUCAAGGAGACAUUUGAACAUUUAAAAAACUUUGUUAAAUUGAAACCACCACGACUAGCCACUUACAAAAUGUUCUGGUAGACUUUAAAGAAUCAAAUCCUACCAGUACAAUUUCAUAGUCAUAGACAAAAAUUCUGGGAAGAAAAGAAUGAGCACUACCAGCAGUCUCAAACAGAUUGAAUGAUCAAAAAAAUUAUAAACUUCUUCAGAUUUGCGUAUUAACAAGAGAUCUAAAGUCUCCUCAUCAUAUACAUUGAGCCGUCAUUCAUUCAUUCUCGAUAGUGUGAAUUUUCGGUUGCUUACUUAGUCAAUAGUCAUAUAUACUUGUUUACUCUCUAUAUUAUUUUAUUGCUAGACUUCUUGACCAACUUUGCUCCAAUUAUUUGUUCUUGGCCUAUAUAAGCAUCACCUACAAUGGUUUCAAACUGCAAUCAGAAAUCAUUUUCGUAAGUUUCUAAUCAUUUUUUAGCAGAACGUUUUCAAUGGCAGCCGAGCGAUCAAGCUCAGUCAUCCUCCUCUCUGUUCUUGUACUUGCUUUGGUCCUGUCUCCAAUCCUUCCAUGUCAGGCAGCUCGAGCGCAUCUAGAUGUUGAAGGGCGUAUGCUUCUCCUGCUGGGAGCACAACGAGUACCACCACCGCCACCAAUUCGCUUCUGUCCUGCUUGUGCGUGUUGUGUUUGUGCACCGGCUCCAGCAGGUGCUUGCUGCCCAUGUCGAUGCACUAAUGACCCGUAAAUGUGGAGUUUGGUUUCAUCUAAUAGCUUUCGAUGUGUUUGAUAUCUAUAUAUUUAUAUUUACAUGUGAAUAAGCCAUCAAAAUAUUAGGGUCUGUUUGGAAUAUGUACCUUUUGUUUAUCAUAUGAUAUAUCCUCUGAUUAGGAAACAAAACAACGUUAUAUGUUAUCCCUUCGAGGGGCCUGUGACUU